AUGGAUGAGAGAUCCAGUAAGCUCAUCUUGGUCCCCAUUUUAGCCGUUCUUUUUGUUAUGAUAGGCUAUCAAUAUAUAUGCCCCACUGGCAGCAAUUCAUGCCAUUUCAAGACUGGGGAGAAAUUACGAGGGGUGAGCCUCCUUUCCAGCGCCUACGAAGAUGAUGAUUUUUACCGGGAUCAAGACCUGGAGGAAGACAGCCCUCCUAAAGCUCCCUCUAAGUUUAACUUCACUGAAAGAGACUUGGACAGACAUGUGGAGUUCAACAUCAAAGGGGACGAUGUGAUUGUGUUUUUGCACAUCCAAGGAGGAACCACUUUCGGAAGGCAUUUGGUGAGGAAUAUCCGUUUGGAGCAACCGUGUGACUGUAAACCCGGGCAAAAGAAGUGCACCUGCCACCGGCCAGGGAAGGAGGAGUCGUGGCUCUUCUCGCGCUUCUCUACGGGCUGGAGCUGCGGCUUGCAUGCGGAUUGGACCGAGCUGACGAACUGUGUACCUGUCAUUAUGGAUAAGAAGGAAGCCCAGAGGAAUAAAAGGAACUUCUAUUACAUCACCAUGCUGCGUGACCCCGUCUCCCGCUACCUGAGUGAGUGGAAGCACGUCCAGAGAGGAGCCACCUGGAAAACAGCCCUACACAUGUGUGACGGCCGCUCGCCCACCCAGGACGAACUGCCCAACUGCUACAACGGCGACGACUGGUCCGGAGUCACCCUCAGCGACUUCAUGAACUGCCCCUCCAAUCUGGCCAACAACAGGCAGGUGCGCAUGCUGGCCGACCUCAGCCUGGUGGGCUGCUACAACCUGUCCUCCAUGAACGAGAGCCAGCGCGGGCACAUCCUUCUCAGCAGCGCCAUGAGCAACCUCAAGAACAUGGCCUUCUACGGUCUGACCGAGUUCCAGCGCAAGACCCAGUACCUGUUUGAGCGGACGUUCAGCCUGCGCUUCAUCUCCGCCUUCACUCAGAUCAACAGCACGCGCGCCGCUAACGUAGCCCUGAGUGAGGCCGUCCGCCGCCGCAUCGAGGAACUCAACGACCUGGAUGUGCAGCUGUACGAGUACGCCAAAGACCUGUUCCUCCAGCGCUUCCAGUUCACCCGGCAGAAGCAGCACCAGGAGAGCCGUCUAAAGAGGCGUGAGGAGAGGCGUCUGCUCCGGGAGCAGAGGGAGCAGGGCAGACCCUGGCCUCCCAGGCGCAGAGGGGGUGGGACUAAACGUAUGGACAAGGAAGUGGACUUUAGUGCCACCACUGAGGACUACACAAGCCAGGUGGCCCGCUGGUGAAUCUGAGGACACAGCAGUCAUGUUGUAUUGUGUGCAAACCAUUGAACAUGUCCUGAGACUGGCUCACACACAUGUCUCUGAUCAUAAGUCCGUCCUAGCAUCUCUCCGUUUGUCAGCGCCGGAGCUGUGCUUCUGCUUGUGAAACUGCCAAGGGUCUGAGGCUCACAGCAGCGCUGCCUUGGACUGCCCCUCAGUGUCUUAAAUACUGAAAACACCAUUUCUGUCACCUCAUUUCUGCCUUGGUUUAUUUAUCGUGUGUUCAAAUGAAGAUAAAAACACAUCAAAACUGCCAUAAACAUGAUGUUGGCACUAUCACUGCAGAUCUGCUGAAUGUCAUUGACUGUCCCUGUUCCUAUUCAAAUUCAUAUUUCACUGAGAAUAUAACAUAGAGCAGACAAUUGCAUGUCACAUGACCACUUUUUUAAUAUCUCAAGAGUUUUUAAGCUCAAAUGUUAUAAGCCAAAGUGAAGAGAGAUCACAGUAUAACUUUUAAUUUAGCACUCUUGAGAAUGAAUGCAUGGACUUUUUCAAGUUAGUAUCAGCAGUCCUGGUGCCCCAUAUGACUGACAACCUUGAUUUAAAUUGUGAUGUAAUGUGCCCCCUAUGACAAA